ACAAACAUAAAAAGAAGUUAUAUAUUUAAAGAAAGAAGAAGAAAAAACUAUGGCUCCCAGAUCAACGCCCACUCCGAUUAACCCGAUCUCUGACCCGAAUGCAAAGGAGAUCCGCUACCGUGGUGUUAGGAAGCGCCCAUGGGGCCGUUACGCAGCCGAGAUCCGAGACCCCAGAAAGAAGAUCCGAGUCUGGCUCGGCACCUUCGACACGGCUGAGGAAGCAGCGCGUGCUUACGACGCGGCGGCGCGGGAGUUCCGUGGCGCUAAGGCUAAAACAAAUUUCGCUGAUAAUAACGUUAACGAUAUCACGCGCAGCCCCAGCCAGAGCAGCACCGUGGAGUCUUCUUCUCCGCCGCCGUUGGAUCUCACUCUCGCCAGCGCGUGCUCUUCGUUCCCUGUGACGGCGCAUCGUCCGGUUGACUUCUUUGAUGCCUUUGCUUCCUCCGGGAAGGGUUGCCCCACAACUGGUGGCGCUCAGAGCGACUCCGAUUCGUCGACAUCGGUUGUAGAUUUUGAAGGCGGAGUGCGGCGGAGAGUGUUUGAUCUUGAUCUUAAUCAGUUGCCCGCUGAGAUGGAUUGAUUUGUGUCUCUUUCUCUUCCAGAUGUCGUUUUGAGCUUCAAUCCUCUGCGUUUUGGGCUUUCCUUUCGUCUUAUUUUUUGAGUUCAAAUUUAAAAAACUGACAGGUUAAUGUA